UUCCGUAGAUAAACUGCUGUUUUGUUGACAUUUUUAUCUGUCAGCUGACUGCCCACUGAGGUUAUGAACAGCUCUGUACAGACAAACCUGAACAUGAUUUUGUCCACCUGAAACAUCCGUUCAGUGUUUAGACAAACACAUGUUCACAAUGAGAGUUAUUUUCAAGAACGUCGUCACCCUUGAGAGAGUUUGUUAACGUGACGCCGAACGUUAGCCAGCUAGCAGCUCCAGCUAGCCUAUCAACGAGAAGCUAACAGACAGCUCCGUUAGCUGAUGUGCAGAGAAGAGAUGGAGGGGAUUUUGUAUAAAUGGACUAAUUACAUGACAGGCUGGCAACCUCGCUGGUUCGUCCUAGAAAAUGGAGUCAUCUCUUACUACGACAGCGAGGAUGACGUUGGAAAAGGCAGCAAAGGAUCCAUAAAGAUGUCUGUGUGUGACAUUAAAGUUCAUCCGACAGAUUCAACGCGUCUGGAGUUGAUCAUCCCCGGCGAGCAGCAUUUCUACGUUCGAGCUGUGAACGCUGCAGAGAGACAGAGAUGGCUAGUGGCUUUAGGAUCAUCCAAAGCUGGAACUCUGGACAGUCACAGAAACAAAGGUCCAGACUGUCUGAAGACGAAGAUGUCCGAACUACGUCUGUACUGUGACCUCCUCGUCCAGCAGGUCCAAACAAUCCAAUCACAGCACAGCGCAGACUCAGAGACCACACCCUCUUCUGAGGCCUCGCUUCUCAGUGCCACCUGUGCUACUUUCAUCAGGACUUUGGAGGAGUGCAUGAGCCUGGCCAACCAGAGUUUGACCCCUGACCUUCGGGCUCCUGAAAGGAUGAAGAGGUCCAUCAGCCACCCUGGAACAUACAGCUUCGACAGGUCAGGUGUACUGAAAGAACAUGUUAGCGGAGGUCAAAGAUCAGCUCAGCGCAGACACCGGACAAGCUCUGAUAGCUCCGUCUACGAUACCGAACGUCUGUUGCCAGGCCUCAACGGCGACUCAUGUUCCAUUCCUGAAGAGAGGGGAGGAAGUGUGAGCCCUAAGACCACACCUACAGACACAGACACAGAUUUGUCUAUCUGAAAAGCCAAUUUUCAUCAUAACUCAACUAUAGAUGAACUGUCCAACAUUCGGCAUCUUCUAAGAAUAUCCCUCCUGUUCUCUAUAUAAAGUUUGCCAAUCUCCAAAUGCAAGUAUUUUGGAGUCAAUUUAAGUGUUUCUGUUGCACAGUACACACAGAAGAGAUGGCAGGCAUUAACGCUUGUAAACUGGACAAGCAAGCUUUAACAUCCUGGAAUUAGAGGACUUCACAUUGUCAGCUUCCACACAUCCACUCUGGACUCAUUAGAGCUGAUGGUAGUCCUGGACAAGAAGAAAAAAAAAGAAAAACAUGCUGUUUCAGUGAUGUGAACAGGAUCAACUGUGAAUUAUCAGUUUCUGGGUAGAUUAGGCGGCAAGCUGCUUUAACAGGACCAGAGAAUGUACACACUGAAUUUCUGAAUCGUCGUGUGGCCAAUAACUGUCAUAAAGCCAAAUGUUUUGUCCAGUGAAUUUGACAGGAUUUUAAUAGUGACCGGACCUUUUCUCAUGAACUAUCAUCUUUCCUUACCGACUGGCCAAACACCACCUGUAUUUUUCUGGUUAUCUGCUGAUAAUAAAAAAAGAACUCCGUCCUGCUUCCUGACACCAUUAGGCCUCUCUCGUCCUCACACUGAGCAGACAGCUGGGUCUUGUUGAGACGGAUCCUUCACCACAGAGAUGUAAAGUGGUCUGUCUGCAUGUGUUUGUUCCAAGAAAGAACUAUUUAUACUAUUAUUUAAUAACUAUUAUUUAACUUUAAACCAAUCACAACCAUUCUGGGCACACCAAGCUCAGGAUGCAGUGAAGCUUCUGCAAAAUGGAGGUUAGAGGAACUGGUGGCCGGUUCCUCCAACUCUACAAUCUUGACUGCAUAUUUUGUGAACACAAUAUUCUCCUUACAUCUUUCAACUACACGCUCAAGACCACCUGGUAGACCUGCCACAAUACAUGAGUUUUCUGCGUCUUGCUGGUGAAUUCCAGCCAAGCCUGACUUGAGGCCAUGUUUUAACUAAGCAGGGUAAUUCAGAAAAAGUUCAUUUUGAUUUGCUGCCAUUCAUAAAAAUGUGGCUACUGUCAGUUUUUUUUGUUUUUUUUUACCAUGAAAAAUUAGAAAAACAAAACAUGGCUGGUUUUGUGUUUGUUCUUUAACUUGUUGGUAUUUUAUGAGGUAGCCAUAGUUGAACUCUCCAAGUGAAACUGGUGGUGUUUUCAAUGCAGCAGUCUACCUAAAAAAAACCUGAAUUGUUGUGGUUGUCUCUUAAGUUUGAAGGAAAUGGAGAAAUGAAACAGUGGCCAUCAAAGUUCAAGGCAGCCCGGCUUUUACAAAACACAAGCAAACAGACCACGAGUUGGAAGUUUAACCAUUGUGGCUUUCUUUACUUGUGCUUUGUGUGUGUAGUCAGUGUGUUGACAUCUCAGGGCCACUGUAAAUAAGUGUUAAAAAAUAAAA